UGUUCUAUUUCUUCAGCUUGAAUUGACAAAAUUUGAUUAAACUUAGGAUAUAACAAGCCUGCAUUGAAACAGAGCUGUGGUUUGAUACGAGUCAGUUAAAAUUUACGAAGGUGAUAUCGAACUUUUGUGCAGUACGCGACACAGGAACCUAACGACUUCCAGUGAAUCCUCGCCAGGUGUUCAAAGUCGGAACGGCGAAUCAAGCUCACAAUUUGACUUUAAAAACAAACCCUGGAGCCGAUCUGUGAUAAUCCUAAUUCCCGUCAGACUGGGUGGGGAGCACUUUAAUCCAGUGUACGCGGAGUGUGUUAAAAAUCUCAUGGCCCAGGAAUGCUGCCUAGGGCUGAUUGGAGGGAAGCCAAAACAUUCCCUGUACUUCAUUGGCUGGCAAGAUGACAAGCUGAUCCACUUAGAUCCCCACUUCUGCCAGGACUAUGUGGAUAUGCUGAAAAGAGGCUUCAAAAUUGAGUCAUAUCACUGUUUCACGCCGCGUAAGAUCUCCCUGAGAAAGAUUGACCCUAGCGCCACUGUGGGGUUCUACUGUCGCACUCGAGAGGAGUUCCACAAGUUUAAACAGUACACUCAGCAGAUGGUGGCCCCCAAUAAAUUUGGUGCAGUGUAUCCUAUGUUCGUUUUCAAUGAGGGCAAAGGUUCGGACCUGGAUAUAAAUGACAUGAGCUUAAGUAUGGAGAAAUCUGUGAGAAUACGGAGAGUGGUCCUUGACAAAUAUGGCCGUGUACGGUCGUCAACAGUGGAUUCUGAGGAGUUUGUUGUUUUGUGAUAGAUGGAAGAUUGAUAUCAAUGACGACAGUGGACUCCGAGAAGAUGUUGUAUUGUGAUAGAUAGAAGAUUGAUAUCUAUGAUAGUAUGAACUGUAUAAAUGAUGCAAAGCUGUUUUUAGGCAUAUGUUAUAUAAGGCAAGAGUUAUAUUAGAACACAUUUGCUACUCUGUUUUCUUAACUGUAUAUUGCUCUAUUUGGUAUUAGUGAUGUGAUCAGGCCCCCUACCAUUGAAUUUAAUAUUUUCAUCUUAUUACAAGUAAGUUAUGUUUAAAUAUCAAUCCAUGUUUUAUAAGCUGGACUUUUGACAAAAUGGUAGCUAUUUAAUUUACUCCAGUGGCAGUGCCAGCUUUGGUGUCUGAGCUAGGUUUUGGAUCAGUUAGUAUUUCAGGAAUAGCUUUAGAGAUUUUAUUGAAACUAAUAACACGUAUUUCCAAUAUUAAAAUUAUCCAACCACCAAGGUUUUGGAACUCUGGUUUGAUAUGUUUUAAAAUAAGGGGCAAUUUUACACUUAGAAAAUCGUAUAUGUUCAAAACCGGCAUAUUUUUUUGACAGCUAGUUUUCCUAGAAAUGCCUUGAAGGAUAUUAUUCAAACUUAUAAAAUUUGUUCCUGAUAUUUGAUUGACUCCGUAGGCCUUGUUUGGCAACUGUAGUUUGAAAUAUGUCAUAAUUAAGGGCCCUUUUACAAUUUUGAAAUUUUGCAUAUCAACUGUACAAACAGUUUACAGCUAAUCAAACUUAGAUACUGCCAUCAAACUUCAUAUGUGGAUACCUUGUAUCAUGCGCGCCCCCCCCCCCCCCCCUCCUUCCUGUGAUUGGGUAUGGGAAGGAUGAAGUCAAGGUCACUGUAUACUUAACAAUAAAUAAAUUGAUUCCCCUGAAUUUCUUUAUAAAAAAAAAUGAGUUAUUUUAAAUAUACUUCAUAUUAAGUGUGUGGAGUCAAGGUCAAUUUGAGUAGAUAUUGACAAAUGUUUCUUAACAACCUACAAUUUGAACCGUACAUGUAUACAUGGAUUCCCUAUAUUCAGGGAUUGAACAUGGAAUCAAGGUCAAGGUCUAUGUUACUUCAUACAGAAAAAAAGGUUUGGGCUUAACAUCUUGAGAACAAAUUCAGUGUUGGUGAUGCAAGCAUAUAUACAUUGUACACUAACUUUAUUUUUGUUUGCAUACAGGGCAUAUUGGGUCAAGUUCACUGUUGGUAAAUGUAGAAAAAUGGUUGCCACUCAAAAUCAAGCUUUAUUUGUUUAGUAUGAUAUUUUGCAAUUACAAACAUACUUUAUGCCUAAAAGAACUAAACUUCUACAUGUAUAAACAAAAUUCAGUGAACACUCCACCACUUAGCAACUUAUUUUGACACAUUUGUAGUCCCUCAGACUAUGUUCAAGUGUUAAAGGCUUCAUUUUCAAUCCCAUGUAUACUGAUGAGCAGCAAACAGCAUUAAACCUGAACAGACUGUGAGUUACUCGCAGGCUGUUCUGGUUCUAUGCUGUUUGCACAUAGACAUUUUCUCUUUGCUCCUGAGUGGGAAAGGGUUAAGAAAAAAGUGCCAAAGACUCUGACAAUAACAAGAAAAGGCAAGCAGGUUUUCCUUCUAUAGCUCUUGUAACAGAAGAUGUUUAUUUUAUCAAGAUGUUGGGGAUCCGUGACAAAAAAACAAGGUCUCACUCUGGACAAAGUUACUGGUAGGAAGUUUUGAAAAUUGUAGAUCAUAAUGUGCCUGAUGUGGUGUUUUUAUGCCCCUUAUUUAAGGUUCAUUAAUUUCGUUAAGGCAUAACUUUAACUUGUUGAAAUUCAUGUAUGGUUGAUAAGAGACUACCCUUAUGCACUCACACAAGCUAAUGAUAUUAAUUGUAUUUUUUUGGGAGUGCGGGGGUUGUUUGGCAGAUAUGUAUUUUAUUGCAACGUAAAACAUGGACAUAAGGGCAAGCCCUGCUAUUUAAAUUUUUAAAAUAAACCUUUUUUUGCCCCUUUGAAUGUUUGAUAAAAAUCUAAGUACAUUUGUAUUAAAACGAAAUGAAUAUAAUUUCUUUACAAAAAUGCAAUUUAUUGUUUGUUUGAGUUCAGAAUAUCAGUCGGAUACUUAAGAAUAUUAUGAUUGCCAAUAAAUACCAUACUUGUGUCAUACAUACAUGUAUCAUGAAAAUUGAAGAUUUAUUUAAGACACGCUGUGGGAAAACAGGGCUUAAUGAUUGUGUGUAAAGUAACGGCCCAGAAAAGCCUGUGCAGUGCACACGGCUAAUUAGGGACGACUUUUUUCAGCAGUUAUGGAAUUUUUCAUUUACAGCAAGUUUGUUGUGAACAAAAAUCUGUUCUAGUCGGAAAGUGUCAUCCCUGAUUAGCCUAUGCGAACUGCACAAGCUAAUAUGGGACAACACUUUACGGCCAUGCAUUAACUGCACAAGCUAAUAUGGGACAACACUUUACGGCAAUGCAUUAACUGCACAAGCUAAUAUGGGACAACACUUUACGGCCAUGCAUUAACUGCACAAGCUAAUAUGGGACAACACUUUAUGGCCAUGCAUUAAACUGCACAAGCUAAUAUGGGACAACACUUUACGGCCAUGAAUUAAACUGCGCAAGCUAAUAUGGGACAACACUUUACGGCCAUGCAUUAACUGCACAAGCUAAUAUGGGACAACACUUUAUGGCCAUGCAUUAAACUGCACAAGCUAAUAUGGGACAACACUUUACGGCCAUGAAUUAAACUGCACAAGCUAAUAUGGGACAACACUUUACGGCCAUGCAUUAAACUGCGCAAGCUAAUAUGGGACAACACUUUACGGCAAUGCAUUAACUGCACAAGCUAAUAUGGGACAACACUUUACGGCCAUGCAUUAAACUGCACAAGCUUAUAUGGGACAACACUUUACGGCCAUGCAUUAAACUAGGUUUUAUCAGAACAAGGAUGACAUGUUUGUUUGUCUUUUCAUUUAAAUUGCAGAAGCAGGGUGAUCAUUACUUAUUCUUUCUUGAUCUACUGAUAAGCAAUACAAAUCGUAAUCAUUAACAUUAAUAAUUCAUAAAGAGGUUCCACAUCUAAGUCCAAGAACAAUUAUCAAAUCUUUUAAAAAUCAAAAUUGUAUUAGAAUAAUCAUCAUUCAUCAGAUAAUUAAGAGUUUUUCUUCUGUCGUGUGCUUCAAGAACCCGGACGUGCACUCUCGUGGUUACAUCGCUACCAUUAGACAUCACGACUAAUGUUUCAUAACUGAUGAUCAAUCUUAAAUGGAAAAGCAUUUCUUCAUUGUGCAUGCAUCAUCGCAUGUAUUUUAAAUGUGUUUUUAGAAACUUGUAUAAAAUAACCACCGAUAGUUGUAUUUUUUUUAUAUUUUAUUUAAUACUUAUAGUCAGAAAAUGUAAACUUUCAUUCCUUUCUGACUAGCACACGCCUUUUUGUGAAAAGAUUGUAUACACCACACAUUCAUUUUUAUUUAUUAUUGUUAUGCUGAAAAUAUUUGUUUGAAGCAGUAAAUGUUACAUAUUUUAUUAUGCGAGAAAAUCGCUUCACAUGCGUACCUUGACAUGACAAUAAAUUCUAAAUGGA